AUGCAACAGGCUGCACUCGCCAACCACCCCGACAAAGUCCCCGAAGAAGAGCGUCUCGAAGCCGAAGUUCGUUUCAAGUCCGUCCAGGAAGCCUACGACAUCCUCUAUGACGAAGAUAAGCGACAUCUCUACGACACGCAUGGUAUGAGCGCGUUCAACGGCUCCGGUGAGCCGGGUAUGGGCGCCGGACCGGAUCUCGAUGAUAUCCUUGCGCAGAUGUUUGGAGGCAUGGGCGGUAUGGGUGGUAUGCCGGGAAUGGGAGGCAUGCCGGGCGGCCCUCGUCCAAACAAACCGCGCAAAAGCCCCAACGAGGAGCAGAAGUACGAAGUGACUCUGGAGGAUCUCUACAAGGGCAAGACGGUCAAGUUUGCCAGCACAAAGAACGUGAUCUGCAGUCUCUGCCAGGGCAAGGGCGGAAAGGAGAAGGCGCAGCCGAAGAAGUGCGCUACAUGUGGUGGUCAAGGUUACAAGCAGGUCUUGCGACAGAUGGGACAGUUCCUGACGCAGCAAACGGUGGCGUGCUCGACUUGCAACGGGGACGGUCAAUUCUACAGCCCCAAGGAUAAGUGCAAGAAGUGCAAGGGCAACAAGACGACGGAGGCGAAGAAGAUCCUGGAAAUCUACAUUCCCCGCGGAGCCAGGGAAGGUGAUAAGAUCGUCCUAGAAGGCGAAGCGGAUCAAGUGCCGGACCAAGAGCCCGGUGAUAUUGUGUUCCACCUGGUUGAGACUGAGCACCCGACUUUCACCAGAGCCGGCGCUGACCUGCGGGCCACCAUCGACGUCACGUUGGCCGAGGCCCUGACGGGCUUUUCUCGGGUAGUUGUUAAGCACCUCGAUGGCCGGGGCAUUGAGAUUCAACACCCUGUGAAGCCGGGCCAGGUCUUGUCGCCCGGGCAGGUUCUGAAGGUGCCUGGUGAGGGCAUGCCGAUCAAGCGCAGUGACUCCCGCGGUGAUCUGUAUUUGAUUGUCAACAUCAAGUUCCCUGAUGAAACGUGGAAGCCGAGCCCUGCGGUGUUGGAGAAGCUGAGGGAAAUGCUCCCCAAGCCCGAUGCUCCGAUCCAGGCUGACACGGUGGAUGAAGUGGAGUACGACCCUAAGGGCAACCUGGACGGGUUUGGGUCCAACGAUCCCCAAGGCGGAUCUGCGUGGGAGGACGACGACGAUGAGGGGGAGCCGGCACAAUGUGCGACUCAGUAG